AUGGUGCUACGAAUGGCCAGACUCACUGACGAUGCCGACUUCGAUCCCGGCGAAAUGUCUGGGAAUGUACCACGUUCACGGUCCAACUCUGGAAAUGAUGAUGCAUACAAUGGACUCCGGACAACGUUCGUUCUUCUAAGUCUUCCUACCAAUGUGAACAAGUUUGGAAAACAAGGUCAAACAACUUCUAUACAAUGA